GUCCGACAUGCACUGCACAGCUUCCCUGGCUGAGUGAUGGCAGCAAAGGGUCGCUGGAGUCAGGGAUACAGCAAACAAGAUGAUUGGGAAUGGCAGGCUUGGGACAAGGCUAGUUGGGAGCCAGGAUAUUCCAGCUGGCCAGUUUCCCGAGAGUGGAGUGUGAGAUUGCUGCCGAGUGAGCGCAGAACUCCACCAGGUCUCAACGGGAAAGGUGAUGGCCACCAAAAAGUGAAAGGAGGGAAAGGCAAAAGCAAAGGCAAAGAGAGGGAAGAAGUUUAUGAUUGGAAGGCCGACCGGCAAGCCGACUGGCAAGGAACUUCCAAAGGGAGUUCCAAGGGCAAAGGCAAAGAUGGCUAUGGCAGCUAUGGCAAAGGAAAGGAGUCAGGAUCCACCGGCUACGGAUUCGACAGUGGAAAAGUGAAAGGCGACGGAAAAGGAAAGGGACGCAAAGGCAAGGAGAGAUCGAAAGAAACAGGAUGGGCGACCGAGACUCCGGUAGCGCCUUUGGGGCCCAUUGGAUCAGCCCAUCCAUCGGAGCCAGUGAUGCGUCAAGGCCAAGGCCCUUCCGACAGGCAAGCCAUGCCUGUUGGUGCACGGCCACAGGAUUACCCGAAGAAACCCCCUUUGCGAGCACGGCCCAAAGCAGCGGCUGAGUCGAAAAGGACCGGGAAAGUUGGUGAGAGGCUGAGAGAAUAAAGGCCUGCGCUGGCGCAGGUGAUUGGCUCUCGCAGGAAAAAACAC